AUGGCUGAUCCCGCGAUUGCUGGGGCUCAGAUGGCUCAGUUGGCUACCUCUUCCGCUACACCAGGCGCCGCAGCUCCGCCAAUCCCGCCCGUCGCCUCGGACGCAUCAGGUGGAGCACCCUUGGCAUCGUCCUCGUCUUCCGGCAUCUCUCCCUCGCCUGCAGCGCCGCCAACUCCAUCAGCAGUCGCAGGGGCACCCAGCGCCGCUACGCCUGCAACAGCGAAGGGAAAAGGGAAGGCGAAGGCCGCUGGGCAGAAGAACAAGGCUGCAGAGGGUCCGGACGGCGAGCCAAAGCCAAAGAAGAAGAAGACGGCUGCGAAGAAGCCUGGAGAGCCUGGUCCAGGGAAAUCGUGGCGAAAGGGUUUGAAAGGCAACCUUGCCGGCGUGGGACUGGAUCCUGCUGUCGCGGCUGGUCUACACGGUGCUGGCACUCCCGGCGCGAGCUCUCCCGGCGGCGCCGGCUCGCCCGCGCCUUCUCGCGCAUCGGCCGCAGGCGGUACAGGCGGAGUCGGCGCUCCUCCAAAGCUCGGCAACCAGUUUCUCGCGACUCAGCCCCUCCAGAUUGGCACGCCGAGACCGAGGAAGUGGAUCAAGGGGAAGAUGGAGUUCAAGCGGUAUGAUGGAGCGACAAUCUUGCUUCCGAGCUGGCAGGGCGACUCUUACUCGGCCUUUGCGACGGCCGUCGGUACCGCCGAGAUCGACGAACUCGCCUCCCCUCCUCCAGCCUCUUCCCCUCUCCCGCCUCUUCCCAGCUCCAAACCUCGCGCAGCUCCUUCACCAGCUCCUCGAGCAUCAGCACCCGCUCAAACCCACGUCCCUCCCGCGCAACCCCCGAUGCUCUUCCCUCCGACUCUCCCCGCUCUUCCGCCUCAGCCAGCUCGGCCUCAACAAGCGCCGACGCCUGCACCGACGGCGGGUGUGAAGGUCGAAGACGCACCAACUGGGCAGACGCAGAUGGUUUCGGCGCAUCAGGCGGGAUUGGGAGUCGAUGCGAGUGCAGCGCCGGCUUUUACGCCUGCGACCGGAGGGAGCGCGUGA